UGCAUCUCACCCCAACACAACGUGUUAAUGUAUUCACAAUCCUCCACCUGGAUUAUCCUCCAAACUGGUUGUACAUUGGAACUCAACUAUUUCCUGGUUCCAUUUGGAGAAGGCUAAGCAGGGCGAUGAAGGUGAAGGUGAAACCUGCAGAGGAGGAGCGCCAUGUGAGAGCCAAUGACAGGGACUACAAUGAUAAGUUCCCAUAUGCUGACAAUCACAUCAAAACCUCCAAGUACAACGUCUUCACCUUCCUGCCCAUCAAUCUGUUCGAGCAGUUCCAGAGAGUGGCCAAUACAUACUUCUUAGUUCUGCUCAUAUUACAGUUGAUCCCUGAGAUCUCCUCCCUGUCCUGGGUCACGACCACUGUGCCUCUGGUCCUGGUGCUGGUGAUCACUGCAGUCAAAGAUGCCACUGACGACUAUUUCAGGUAUAAAAGCGAUCAACAGGUCAACAAUCGUCAGUCUCAGGUACUCAGGGGAAAUCUACAGAAUGAGAAGUGGAUGAACGUAUGUGUGGGAGAUAUCGUCAAGCUGGAAAACAAUCAGUUUGUGGCAGCUGACACACUACUGCUCUCCAGUAGUGAACCAUAUGGACUGUGUUACAUAGAGACGGCUGAGCUAGACGGAGAGACCAACCUGAAGGUUCGCCAGGCUUUGACUGUGACCUCGGACUUGGGAGCAGACAUAGCAAAGCUGGCUGACUUUAAUGGAGAAGUCAUCUGUGAGCCUCCCAACAACAAGCUGGAUAGGUUCACAGGUACUCUGUACUGGAGAGAUAACAAGUACCCUCUGGAUAACGAAAAGAUGCUGCUGAGAGGCUGUGUGCUCCGGAACACGGACUGGUGCUUCGGAAUGGUCAUCUUUGCUGGGCUGCAAACCAAACUGAUGCAGAACUGUGGGAGGACUAAAUUCAAAAGGACCAGCAUUGAUAAACUGAUGAACACUUUAGUUUUAUGGAUAUUUGGCUUCCUAGUCUGCAUGGGUGUGAUCCUGGCCAUUGGCAACACCAUCUGGGAGCAGAAGGUUGGGAGGAGCUUCAGUGUCUACCUCCUGUGGGAUGAACCAAUCAGAAACAACAACGUGGUGUUCUCUGGGUUCCUCACCUUCUGGUCUUACAUCAUCAUCCUCAACACAAUGGUGCCCAUCUCUCUUUACCUCAGUGUGGAGGUUAUUCGUCUGGGUCACAGCUACUUUAUUAACUGGGACAGGAAGAUGUAUUACAUCCAGAGGGACACUCCAGCCGAGGCCAGAACCACCACGCUCAACGAGGAGCUGGGACAGGUGGAGUUUAUCUUCUCAGACAAGACAGGAACUCUCACACAAAACAUCAUGGUCUUCAACAAAUGCUCCAUCAACGGGAAGAGCUAUGGUGAUGUUUAUGAUGAAUUCGGCCAUAAAGUAGAAAUUACAGAGAGAACGGCCUGCGUGGAUUUCUCCUUCAACCCUUUGAGUGACAGGAAGUUUAGGUUCCAUGACAGUAGCCUGGUGGAAGCCGUCAAGACAGAGGAGCCCUCGGUGCAGGAGUUCUUCAGACUGCUGGCUCUGUGUCAUACUGUCAUGCCUGAGGAGAAGAAUGAAGGGGAUCUGGUGUACCAGGCCCAGUCGCCUGACGAGGGAGCCCUGGUCACGGCCGCACGGAACUUUGGCUUUGUGUUUCGUUCCAGAACCCCGGAGACCGUCACGCUGUACGAGAUGGGGACAGCCGUCAACUACCAGCUCCUGGCCAUCCUCGACUUCAACAACGUGCGCAAGAGAAUGAGUGUCAUUGUGAGGAACCCAGCGGGCCACAUCAAGCUGUACUGUAAAGGAGCUGACACCAUCAUCUUCGACAGACUGGACCCGUCCAACCAAGAUCUCAUGAACACUACCUCAGAGCAUCUUUACGAGUUUGCUGGUGAAGGCUUGCGAACACUAGCCCUGGCAUACAAAGACCUAGAUGAGAAUGUAUUAGAGGAAUGGAUGAAGAGGCUUCUGUAUGCCAGCACUGUGAUAGAGAACAGAGAGGAGGGACUGGCUGAUCUCUACGAGGAGAUAGAGACAGGCCUGAUGCUCCUAGGGGCCACAGCAGUAGAAGACAAACUGCAGGAGGGGGUUCCUGAAACCAUCGCCUGUUUGACCCUGGCCAACAUCAAGAUCUGGGUUCUCACCGGGGAUAAGUUAGAGACGGCGAUGAACAUCGGCUACUCCUGCAACAUGCUGAGAGACGACAUGAGCGAAGUGUUCAUAAUAUCAGGACACACCGCCUCGGAGGUGCAGCAGCAACUCAGGAGUGCUAAGGAGCACAUCCUGGGCCUGAGCAGAGUUAGCAGUACUGCAGAUGUGGAGAAGGCAGAUGAGUUCUCAGAUGAUUCUGUGUUUGAAGAAACCAUCAUAGCGGAAUAUGCCUUAAUCAUUAACGGACACAGUCUGGCCCAUGCCCUGGAGCCUGACCUGGAGCAGGUCCUUCUGGAGACAGCCUGUCUGUGUAAGACAGUGAUCUGCUGUAGGGUGACUCCCAUGCAGAAGGCCCAGGUGGUGGAGCUGGUCAAGACAAACAAGAUGGCCGUGACUCUGGCCAUAGGAGACGGGGCCAACGACGUCAGCAUGAUCAAGACUGCUCAUAUAGGUGUAGGUAUAUCAGGUCAGGAGGGCAUGCAGGCUGUGCUAGCCUCCGACUACUCCUUCGCCCAGUUCCGCUAUCUGCAGCGUCUCCUGCUGGUCCACGGCCGCUGGUCCUAUUUCCGCAUGUGCAACUUCCUGUUCUACUUCUUCUACAAGAACUUUGCCUUCACCGUGGUGCACUUCUGGUUCGGCUUCUUCUGUGGUUUCUCAGCUCAGACGGUUUAUGACCAGUGGUUUAUCACUCUCUUCAAUAUAGUCUACACAUCCCUGCCAGUUCUGGCCAUGGGGCUUUUUGAUCAGGAUGUGAACGAAGCCAACAGCCACCGCUUCCCCAGCCUGUACCGUCCAGGGCAGCUCAACCUCCUGUUCAAUAAGAGACAGUUCUUCCUGUGUACGCUGCAGGGGAUGGGGACCUCCUUCCUCCUCUUCUUCAUCCCCUAUGGAGCCUUCUGCCUCGCCGUCAGUGACGACGGAUCACACAUCUCAGACCAGCAGGCUUUCGCCGUCACCAUAGCAACAUCCUUGGUCAUAGUGGUGAGCGUUCAGAUUGGACUGGACACCUCCUAUUGGACAGCAGUGAACCACGUCUUUGUGUGGGGUAGCCUGGCUGUCUACUUUGCCAUUCUAUUCGCAAUGCACAGUGACGGCCUCUUCAGCAUAUUCCCCAGCCACUUCCCUUUCAUUGGCACAGCCCGUAACUGCCUGACUCAGAAGAGUGUGUGGCUGGUUAUAAUGCUGACCACUGUGGCGUGUGUCAUGCCCGGGAUGGCAGUUUGCUUUCUGAAGACAGACCUUUACCCCACUCUGACAGACAAGGUGCGGUGCCUGCAGCAGGCCAGCAGAAAGCUGGGUCCCCAGGAGCAGAACCUGAGACGUGUUCGGAGGACCAGCUCUCGACGCUCGGCCUAUGCCUUCUCCCACCAACAGGGCUAUGGAGAGCUCAUAACCUCAGGGAAGAACAUGAAGGUCACCGCCAGCACCGCUGGCCCCUCCCCACCCCUGUCCCCAUCGUCCCCUGGUAGGGUCCACAACAGCAGAAGUUUGAUAGAGAGCACGUUGAAGAGGAAGGGGGAAACACCGGUAGCCUGUGUCUCUGCUGAGGCCUACGGAACCUCUGGAACCUCGGAAGGCAACACUAGAACUCAACAGACUCUAAUGGACUAAUUGUGAUUCCAAUGGGGCAGUUCAGACAUGACCCUUACAUCCAGUUUUAAUAUAAAAAAAUAAAAAAAACUGUUUAGAGUAUAAGAUGAUCCUAUCAAGUUCUGAUCAGUGCAUCUACACCUGGCUCAGUGGGUAAGAGUUUGAGCAUGGUGCGGUCAACAUCAGGGUUGCGGGUUCGAUUCCCACAUUGGACCGAUCGGCUACAUACAGCGCAUUCGCAAAGUAUUCAGACCCCUUGACUUCUUCCACAUUUACGUUACGUUACGUUACG